UGGCGCCAAUCCUCCUGGCGCUAGGGUUCGUCCGGGGAGCUCGCUCCAGGCGCUCUACGGCUGCAUUUUGGGAAAUCUCUGCGGUGUGAUGUGAUUCAGGUAUAUUUCGAGUGAUUGCCGCAUCGGCAUUUGAUUUUGGGAGGAUCUUUCAAGCUCCCGAUCGAUCGGGGCUUCUAUGUCUCAAAAGUGGAUCAGGAAUCCUCCGACGCUAGCCCACACGAUUCCAUCUCCUGGCGAGCUCAGCCGCCAGAGCAUUGGUUUCCUUAGCCCGAUCCGGUUCUCCUGCUUUAGAGCGAAUUGCCAAAGGCAGCCAACGCAAAUGGAGUGUGAUGCCUCACAAGCAACGAAGAAGAAUCCAUUCAGUGGUUUCCUGGAGAGCUCGAAGAAAGUCUUUGAGGCCGAUGAUCUUGGGCGAGAGAUUGCAGCUGUCGCUCUUCCGGCAUUGCUUGGACUUGCCGCGGAUCCACUCGCUUCUUUGGUGGACACGGCAUUCAUCGGUCAAAUAGGCUCGGUGGAGUUAGCUGCUGUAGGUGUCUCGAUUUCGGUUUUCAACUUGAUAUCAAAGAUCUUUAAUAUUCCUCUUCUCAACAUCACGACAUCUUACGUCGCAGAGGACAACGUUGCUGGAUGCGGCUUUGAGGAAGGCAUCCCGCUGACGGAAGCCGCUGAAGAAGGCCACUUCAUUGAGAAGCCUGGAAAGUCUGAGAAGCGCGUCUACCCGUCUGUUUCAUCAGCGCUGUUUCUGGGAUCGUCACUCGGAAUCAUAGAGGCUCUUGUGCUGUUGCUUGGAGCCUGGCCAAUUCUCAGAAUAAUGGGGAUUUUGGACGAUUCUCCAAUGCGUCUUCCUGCGCAGCAGUAUCUAUCAAUUCGGGCUCUGGGAGCUCCUGCAGUUGUUGUUUCUCUAGCUACGCAAGGAGUGUUUCGUGGCUUUAAAGACACAAAAACUCCUCUGUAUGCUACAGUCACGGGGAACAUAGUGAAUGUGGUGCUGGAUCCAAUUUUGAUGUUUUCUUUUGGAUAUGGAGUUACCGGGGCAGCUGUGGCAACAGUCGUGUCACAAUAUGUGAUUGCGUUCAUUUUAUUGGUGAAACUAAACGAAGUUGCUGUCCUGAUCCCGCCUGAUAUAUCAAGACUGGGCCUAAGACGUUUUUUUUCGUCUGGUGGUCUGUUGUUCACGCGAACCAUUGCAAUACUGCUUACCAUGACACUGGCAACUUCAAUGGCUGCUCAGGAGGGUGUAGCUCCUAUGGCAGCACAUCAAAUUUGCAUGCAAAUCUGGUUGGCUGCAUCUCUUCUUUCUGAUUCCCUGGCGCUCGCCGGACAGGCUGUUAUUGCCGAUUUCGUGGCACGGAACAAUGGGCAAAAGGUUAAAGAGGCAACAUUUAGAGUCUUGCAGCUGGGCAUUGUGUUUGGUUUAAUCAUGGGAGUAAUCCUUGGACUUGGUGGCCAACGCUUUUCAAAACUUUUCACCAGUGAUGAUUUGGUGAUACAAGCAUUGAUCACUAUCAUUCCGUUUGCUGUUUUGACUCAGCCUAUCAACUCUAUGGCGUUCGUGUUUGAUGGCAUUUUUUACGGUGCAACUGACUUCGCCUUUGCAGCCUACUCAAUGAUAGUGAUUGGAAUCAUUUCCUCAGCGGUUCUUUUCGCUGCGCCAUCCUUCCUUGGUUUACCUGGUGUAUGGCUUGGCUUGACUGUACUCAUGAGCCUUCGAAUGGCUUCCGGCAUUUUGAGGCUGGGGACUGCCACGGGUCCUUGGCAGUUUUUGGCAAACGAGAGCUUGGAGAUUGACAAUUCUUAGGUGCUAUCGCGCUGUAGACUUUACUAUAUCAAGCACAACAAGUCAACAACAAUAACUCACGAAAGGACCAAGGUUUUGGAACAUGUAACUUGGAUCAAUCAAAAGCAGUAUCAUUUAGACAAGGGUCCAGUCACAUACAUAUGCUUUUUCUAACUUCUACCACUCCUUUUCUUCUUCCUGUUUGCUUGCAGGGAUGAGCUGUGGCCAGCACUUUGCAAUCCACUUGGUGGCAGCAUAAAAAACAAAGGUUCUUACUUUGUUUCAUAUUGUUUUAAACAAGAUCUCUUCGUUCCCAGGUUUCUAAGUGACUGAUCAAUGGGCCAUGAAGCUUUGACUGCCUUGGUGACACAAGCACUGCGCUCAUGAUUCACAGGACGUAUGAUGGCUUGCGUUCGCUUGCAAGGCUCUGCCAAAGAAAUCUUCGGGGAGAUAUCAUCUUUGUCUAGCUCCAAGCCCAAUAGUAACUCGGACGAACAAAGUUGUUUCCAAUCUGGAAGGCGCAAAGAGGAGUUUGAAGGCCCCACAAACACAAGCACCCAAUUCUUCGUGCAUGGAGCACGAGAACACGUCGAGAAACAAGCCCGAGAGGUCCACUUUUUUUUUCUCUCUCUCUCUCUCUCUCUCACUCUUUUUUUCUUUCAUCGUCUUGCUUUGCUUGGAUUGUGAUCCAAGGCUAGCACCGAUAAAAACUCUAAAGGUUCUCUUGAUUUCUUGUCUCGUCUCGUCCUGGAAGAAACACUCCUUUUUUUUUUCCUGUGACCGGAUGGAUAGAUAGAUUUGUUAUUGGUUUGGGUGCGUGUGGGAUGAGCUAUUCUUUUAUGCUAUAAUCUACGCGAAAUCGCUUAUACAAUAGCCAUAGCUAUUUGGGAUC